AUGCCUCCUCGUAGAGUGUAUGCAAGGAGUGCUAAUGCCCGCAACGCUAACACAGUUCCUCCAGUCGAAGACCAUGAGGGUUCGAGAUUUUGUUCGGAUGAACCACCUGAGUUUUUAAGGUCGCAAAUUGGUGAAGACCCCCAAAACUUCAUUGAUGAGGUUAAGAAAACCUUUAAAGUGACAGGAAAUGAUAGAUUAGAUUUGGCAUCCUACCAGCUUCAGGAUGUGGCUCACAUUUGGUUCACGCGGUGGAAGGAAAAUAGGGGUGAGAAUGCAACUCCUAUGACUUGGGAGUAUUUUAUCGGAGCUUUUCUGUAUAAAUUCUUCCCAAGAGAGUUUAGGGAAGCUAAGGCACAUGAAUUCAUGAAUUUGAGACAAGGUUCAAUGUUAGUCCAAGAGUAUGAACUCAAGUUCACCCAGCUCUUCAGUCCUGAGGUGAAUUUCCUUCCUCUUCGUGUUGAUUUUUCUUAUGAUACUUCUGACGGAGACUGUGUUGGAGCUUUCUCCUCGUCAUAUUGCUGGGCUGGAGCUGAACUGCUACACUCUCCUUCUUGCUAA